GACGCCGAUUGGCCCGAUGAGGCUUUGAGGUCACGCUGGGCCGAGACUUUGAAGGAACUGGAGCUGCCACGGCUCACCAAGAGGUAUCCAGAGCUCAUCGACCCGUUGCUGUUCCGACUACUGGAGAUGGUGGUGCAGCUGAGCGAGGCACUCGCCGCUUCCUCCGAGGGUGCGAAGGCGAAGGGAGGCAGUGACGACACUCCCACGUCUUUGCCGCAAGGCGAGGGCGGCGACCAGGCAGAGGAUCUGUCGCAGCGGGGCCCACGUGGCGGUGCUGUGCCGCGCCCGGAUGCAGAGCCAUCAGAGGAGGAUCCUUCUCCGGAAGCCCUGGGUGAGCGGCUGGCACAGAUCUUCACUCUCCUGUACUUCAUUCAGGCUUUGCAGAUCGUUUCUGGCUACCACGGAGCAAGGGGACCUCUGAGAGACGGGGCCUUUGUUUCACCCUCGAGCCAUUUUGGCUCCCAGAAGUUCCCGCUCGAGGGAGUCUUACCGCACCUUCUGGUCCGGCGCCGGUCGCGGGAGAAGGAGACCGAGAGGAAGGAGGGUGCGCUGGUUGAGACUCUCCAAACGGCUGAGGGUGCAGAUCGGAUCUGUGCGCAGAUGGAAGCUGCCAGUGGAGAGGCUCUUCCUGUGCUGUGGGCAGCCCUGGUGGCUGCGACCUUGCCUUGCCUGCCCCAGCUCUCUUGCGAUCCGAAUGCAUCACGAGUGAUCUCAAAGCUCAUGUCCCAGCCUCUCUUCACCGGCGAGUUGCGCAGCAGGAUCAUCCAUCGACUCCGGGGCUCGCUCUUUCACCUCGUGAGGGACAAGCACGGGUGCUGGAUCGUCCAGCAAGGCCUUCAGAGUGGAGGCUUGGAGUUCGUGGAGGCUCUGGUGCUGGAGCUGCGUGGCCGCGUGCUCACCUGCUCUCGCCACAUGUACGGCAACUUCGUGUUGCAAAGGUGCAUCGAGCUCUUCCCCGCGAAAGCGGUGCAUCCCAUGCUCGGAGAGCUGGUGGGCAACGCAGUGGCGGCCUCGCUCAACCUCUAUUCCGGGCGAGUGCUUCAGCGCAUCAUGGAGCAUUGCAACCAUGAGAAUGAACACAUGAAGCAGAUCCUGGAUUCCUUGCUGGAGUCGGAGGCUUUGGGCAGGCUCGUGACCAGUGCCCAUGGGCACAACGUCCUCCGCUCGAUGCUGCUCCGUGCCAGCGCGCCCCGCGUGCAGAGCCUGGUCGCCUUCUUCUUGGAAGGGGACCUGCUGAGCUGUGCCCGGAAUCGACACGCCAGCCUGGUCCUCGAGAGCUGCCUGGAGGCCCUGUGCCGGCCGGACUUGGCAGAGCCCUUGCGGCCGGCCAGGGGUGCCCUGGUAGAACGCAUCUUGGGCUCGGAGGGCGAAGAGGAUCCCCUCUUCGUCAGGGUGGCCUUGGACCGCUUCGGCAACUACGUGUGCCAGCGUGUCAUCGUCAUCUCUCAGGGGGCUGAGGCCCAGAGGGUUCUCAGCUUGAUUGCUUUGAUGGGUCCCAAGCUUCGCCGCACCACCAACGGCCGCCACAUCCUCCAAGCGGCACGGUCGAAGUUUGGUCCGCUCGAGAACAAGAGCAAGGAGAGCAAUGCCUGA